AUGGGUGGAUUUGAUUUGGACACGUUUAUCACGAGCAGUUUGAAGGUAUUAGAGACAAAUGGGUCAGGAACGAAUGUGGUGAUGAAAUAUAAGCCUGGGAAAAAACGGUCUGUAGUGAAGUUCAGGACGAAGAACGAUCGUUUGGGGCUUAGUUACGGGUUUAAGACGAGGGAUGCUAAGGAGGUGUCGCGUGGGCUAAGUGCGAUGGGGCCUACUGGUGUGAGUCUUCCAUUGGGACGGGUUGGGAAGCGAGUUUACAAGAAGAAGGUGUUGGAUCUUCCUGGGAUGAGCACGCUUAUGGUGAACAGGAAGGUGAAGAAGGCGCCAGAGCAGGUUGCAGCUGCUCCUGCAGCAGCAUCUAAGAGCCAUGAGGGUGGAAAGGCAGCUUCAAAGACGUCGACGACGGCGCCAGCAGGAGGAAAAGGAGGGAAGAAGAAGUCGAAGAAGAAGUCCAAGAAAUGA